AUGCCGCUCCCCUUCUCGGCCGUCUGCGACCUGCUUGAGCAGUCGAGCCAGCUGUGCCAGCAGCGCAAGAGCAACGCUGCCGCGGUGCUCGCGUGGUUCCGCCGGCACCGCGCGGCCGUCGACGCGCACGACGCGGACCUCGCGGCGCUGCUGUCGACGCUGCUGCCGGAGAAGCGCACCGAUCGCGUGUACUGCUUGCAGGUGCCGACGCUGGAGAGGAUCGUCGGCCGGGCGCUGAUGCUCGGUGCCUCGCGGAUGCUGGAGCUGGCGACGUACAAACGGCCCGGCGCCGGCGUUGACUUCGCUGAUUGCGUGGAGCGCAUCCUUUCCGUGACUCCGAAUCCGAUACAGGAAAGCGGUCAUCAAGUCACGGUGGAACAAGUCGACGAGCUGCUGCACAGCCUGGCCGCGCGCAUCCGAUGGAGCGCCCCGGCGAUCCGCCAGUCCAGUGCCUGCAUGUCGCAUCAGAGCCGCGGCGACCUAGACGCCAUGUACAGACGGUUGUCCGCGCGCGAUGCCAAGUGGUUCACCCGGCUUGUCCUUAAGGACUACCAACCGCUAUUCUUUGACGCCCACUUGCUAUACCGCGCCUGUGACCCCGUGCUGCCGUGCCUCCUACAGAUCCGAGACGACUUUACCGAGGCUCUGGGUGCGAUUCCUAUUGCUCGCGGGGCGCUGCUGCCUAUAGCGGCGCCGAGAGAUUCUAGGCCGCUGUGCGCGCGGAGGGUACUGGCCGCGGUAAAGCCGAAGUUGGGCGUCAAGGUUGGGAGGCAGCAGUGGCACAAGGGCCGGAGCAUCAAACAUUGCAUGAGCAUGGGCAGUGGGCGGAUGAGUGUGGAGACGAAGCUGGACGGCGAGUAUUGCCAGAUUCACGUGGACAUGAGCAAGCCGAAGAAGAGGGUGCAAAUUUUCUCCAAAAGCGGCAAGGACAGCACGGAGGAUCGAGAAAAGGUUAUACCGGCGAUUGAGAGGGCGCUCAGGCUUAAUACGACUGAGUGUGUCUUUAAAAAGGCGUGUAUACUGGAGGGCGAGCUGCUUGUCUAUAAUGAUUUGGAAAAAACGAUUAUGCCAUUUCAUAAGAUCCGCGGUCAUGUCACCCGACGCGGGCGAUAUUUUAAUACGGAACAAGAUUCACAGCCAAAACCAUACGAGCACCUGAUGAUCGUCUACUACGACAUCUUCCUCUUGGACGACCAGGGUCUCAUGGAUGUCCAGCACUCGGAGCGACUCAAACUCCUUGAGAAAGUCAUCCACUACGAGCGCGGCGUCGCCGAGCUGGUUCCGCGCGAAACAAUUGACUUUGGCCACUCCCUCGCGGCAUCGACUCUGCGGAAAGCCUUCGCCAAGGUCGUCGUGGAGCGAGGCGAGGGGCUCGUCCUGAAACCCGACGAGCCGUACAUUGUCAUCGGUCCCAACGGACGGACCGCGCCGUGUCGCUGCAUCAAGAUGAAGAAGGAAUACAUUGGGGCGUUUGGUGACGUGGGCGACUUUGCCCUGGUCGGCGCUGGCUUCCACGCCGCCAAGGCCAAGACGUACCGGAUACCAAACCUCAAGUGGACGCACUUUUACGUCGGCUGCCUGAAUAACAAGGAGCAAGUCAAGAGAUGGGGCCAUAAGCCCGACUUUACCGUUGUGUGUGCCGUCGAGCUCUCCGAAGCUCUGCUGCAGUCAUUUCUCGCCCUCGGCGAGCUGUCGGCCGUGUCGCGCGCCGCCAACGUCGCCACCACGCUCACCGUGCCGCCCGGCAUCCAGUGCCCCGCGAACCUUACCGUUGCCUUUACCAACCCCAUGGUCGUCGACCUCCGCUGCUUCAGCUUCGACAAGCCCGGCAACACGGGCGGCCUCUGGACACCGCGCUUUCCCGCCGUGACCAAGAUCCACGCCGAUAGGGACUAUGCGGACGUCCUGACGUUGGACGAGCUGCAGGCCUUGGCAAAGGAGGCGGUGGAGAAGCCAGUGCUUGAGGACAGCCAGGAGAACCUGCACUGGAUCGCCCGGCUAGAGGGCGCGGACCCGCGCGGUGUGGCGGUGGACGCAGUAAGCCAGGCGACGGCGACGACGAUGCCGACGCCGUCGCCGGCCAAUAUGACCCCGAGCACGGCGUCGGAUAGUCAGUCGUCCAAAGGAGCGACGGAACCAAGCCGUCGGAGCCAGUCACUGGCUUCGGCGCCGGUGGUGAAUGAAGUGAAGGGAUGGCGUGAUGCCUCCGUCUCGAUUAUCUCGAUACCCACGACAUCUACUGCCGAGGCAGUCUCUCCUACAAAGGCGGCAAUGCAGGCACCUGCGAAGCGCGUGCCGGAGAUGGCAUCGCCGGAGCAGAGCUUAAAGCGUCCACGCACGGCGAGCUUUCGGAACACGUCGCCGCGAAAACCACUGGGGAACAUAGACGUGAACGUCUCCUACAGCGACUCCCAGUCGACCAACAGCCAGGACAGCCAGGCCACAGUGAAACGCGGGCCGCCGCGGGCCCAGACGGUGCAACGAGACGUCAUUGAGAUACCGAGCUCCGAUGCAGAGGACGACGACUUGCAGCAGCCGCCCAGCCAAGAACGACACCCCCAAGCAGUCAGCCAUCCGCCGGCCUCUUCUCAGGAAGAAAAGGACAGCAAGGACCAACAUUGGUCAUGCAAACACGUAGGCGAAAAGUGCGGCUUCGUCGGCAAGACGAUGCUCCUUGCGAGCCCGGCGCUUCUCCGCGUCGCGGAGCUGACGACCCUUUUUGGCGACCACGGCGUGGAUGUGCAGCGCGUCCUCCCCUGCGUCGAGACAUGGUGGCGCAGCGCUGGACUGCGAACGGCGGGGGCGGCGGUGCCUCAACAACAGAAGGGCUGCGUCGUGCUGCUCGUCGACAGCGUCCAGCAGGCCACCGAGACCAAGGCGCUCGUGGCGAGGCUCAAUGCCGCGCGGAGGCAGGCGCGGAGGGAGGAGCGCGACUGGAUUACCGUGUACGACUGGCGCGUGCUGCGGCACUUGUCGAUUGCGGAGGACGCGAGUGUGACCAAGAAGUACUAUGAUGGGUUCCAAGAUCCGUGGAGACGGUGGUAUUGUGGACUGGUGUAA